AUGACGAUGAAGGUAUUGCUGUUCCCAUGGUUGGGGCAUUCACACAUAUCAUGUUUCCUAGAACUAGGCAAAAAACUCUACAACCGAAACGUCAACAUCCACUUGUGCUCCACCCCUGUCAACCUCAAACCCUUGCGAAACCAUUCUUCUGAUCCCGAUUCCUUAACACUGUUUGUAGAUCAACUCAUAGAGCUUCACCUUCCCUCGUUACCCGAGCUUCCCCCGCACCUUCACACCUCCACUGACCUGCCCCUCCAUCUCCUGCCUACUCUCAAACACGCCUUGGACAUGUCAAGUCCCCAGUUUUCAAAAAUCUUGAAGACCUUGAAACCCGACUUGCUCAUUUACGACAUGCUUCAACCGUGGGCCCCUGUGGAGGCUUGGGAUCCCUUCUGUGGCCUUCAUCACCACCAAUCUGAGAAUAACCGCAAAGAUAGAGACCGGAUCAUGGGGUUUAUUAAUAACUCGUCGAACAUCAUCCUCGUGAAAUCUUUCAAGGAGAUCGAAGCUAAGAACAUUAAUUCCCUUUCUGUCAUGACCCAUAAAAGGAUUGUGCCAGUUGGCCCCCUUAUGUCAUCAUCAUCAUAUCGUCCUUGUGCGCAUAAGAAUGUGGUAGAGUGGCUCAACACAAAAGCCGGUAGAUCGACUGUCUUUGUUUCUUUUGGCAGCGAUUCCCCGGCUUCUGGUCUUGAUUUGGAAGAAAUUGCAUUCGGGUUGGAAAAAAGCAAUGUGAAUUUCGUCUGGAUUUCAAGGUGUCCAAACUUUGUGGAGUCUUUCCCCUUGGGGUUUAGAAAGAGAACAAAAUAUAGGGGUUUGUUGGUGGAAGGGUGGGUCCCACCCGCGACGAUAUUAAGACACAAAAGUAUAGGUGGAUUUGUGAGUAAUUGUGCUUGGAGUUCCGUCGUAGAAGCUAUGAAACUUGGCGUUCCGAUCAUAGCAAUGCCGGUGCAGCUGGACCACCCAAUCAACGCUCGUUUGGCAGUGAAGGCAGGGGUUGGGGUAGAGGUCGUGAGGGACGAGAACGGGCUGCUGUCGCGAGAGAAUGUGGCAGCCGUGGUGCAACAUGUGGUGGUGUCGUCCUCUACGUUGGUGAGGGAAAGGGCCAAGAAAUUGAGUGUGGAUCUGCGGGUGAGAGGGGAGGAGGACAUUGACGUGGUGGUGGAGGAGCUCCUUCAUUUAUGCAAAGCAAGUCGUCGCCGCCUCAGCAGCUGUCAUGGUGGCGGCGGCGGGGGGCACAAGUGGAAAAGAAACGCCGCAUUCGCUAUACCUACUGAUAGUUUAGAGUACUCAUUAUAUGCUGAAGAAGAAGGAGGAGGAGAAGAAGCUGAUGAUUCAAUAGAUGAAAGGGCCGAGAGGUUUAUUCUUUAUAACAAGUUCAACUUUAUGAAGGUCUGA